CUUACACACUUUUCAUCAAACAACCUUUCAAUCCUACCAAAAACACUCUAAACUACAUUCCCCAAAAUGCCUUUCGAACAACCAGUCGUUGAACAACAAAUCCAAUCCGAAGCUCCUAUGAGCUCCGAGAACAUUGGUAUCGAGAUGCAACAACCAAAACCAGUUCCUACCAUGGGUACCGAGACCAACCUUCGUGGUGGUGAGUCCGCUGGCUGUGAAUGCUGUGGAUGUGGCUGUGGUGAAACAUGCUGUUAGAAGACGGAGCUCGGAGUGGUGGAAACGAAAUGAUGAUGAUAGUUAGCGAUGGAUAAGGAUUCGACUCUGAAAUACAGAGAUUUGGAAUAUGGGUUUACGAUUAUGACAAUACAAUACAAUACAUACUGAUGAGAAUAAUUUCUCAAAUCAACACUUAACGUUUGUUGUUUGCUUUAUCCGUAUUGCUUCAUAUUGGAUUUCGAUCUUUC